AUUUGCUGUUUUCUUCAGUAUUUUUACCAAUUAUAUUUAAAAUCGACUUGUUUUGUUAAUUAUUCGAUAAUCGAUACAUAUAAUUUUAAUAAAUAUAAGGCAACAUUCCAAUAAUUGCACAACACGAACAUGUAAACAUUUGUUACCAAAUCCUCCAAUCAUGAAGCGUCGCGCCAUUUUAGAUCAGCCAAUAAGAUUCCAACCUGUUGUAUUUUUUAUUUUAACCAUUAAGCUUCACUUGUCAAAUGGAAUCAACAAAUCAGGGAAACUAAUUUUGAAUUUUUAGUCUAUGGUAGUCCUUACAUGAUUGGAGAUUGACCUUACCAAUCGAAGACAUUAAAACGUUUUUCGACAUUUCGUAUGAACCAAGUGGGGAUGACAGUUUUCCUUUUUGGAUAAAAUUUUUAGAAGUUUGUCUUGAUUGAUUCUCCAAGAAACAAACACGAAUGCUCGGUACGAGAGCUGUUAUAAUUAUUAUUAUAAAGUGCUAAGAGUUAUUGUUGAAAUUAAGACUCAAUAAAACAGUAAAGAAACAAGAAGAGUUUUUAUUCACAAAACUUCAGAAGUACGGAAGCGAGUCCAGACAGCCCACAGGAAAUUAUAAGGUAAUGGAGCGAAGGAAACAUAUCAGAGAAAAAAGGAAAGGUCCUGCAUGUUCACUCUUGCAACACAAUAAGCGAGCAAAUACUAGUACGAAAUCUAUAACCUCAAUGGAUAGGUGGGAGAUUGAAGAUGUGAGUCAAAAUUCGCCACCAAUUACCCUUAAUAACCAGUCGACGAUGGAGGAAUCUGACAGUGCAUUCUCCCCCGAAGAUGUUAUGAAGUUGCUUAUUAACUUCCAGAAGAAUAAGGCACAUUCUAGUAAUCUUCAUAACAAUCAGCUAAAUAACGUUAUACCGGAGUUUGAUCCAUCAAAUAAAAUGCAGUCUGUGGAUAGUUGGUUAAAUAAAGUUAAUGAAUGUACCGUGAUAUAUGAAUGGAACGAGAAGCAAACCAUACAUUUUGCUUUACAAAAACUUGCUGGCCAGGCAAAAAAAUGGUAUGAAUCACUUCAGACAGUUGUAUUUACGUGGGAGGAAUGGCAGUUCAAAAUUAAAAAGGCUUUUCCCAAUGAGCAAAAUUAUGGUCGGCUACUCGAGGAUAUGUUAGCACGUACUACUAGGAUAAGCGAGAGUUUUUGCGAUUAUUUUUAUGACAAGCUUAGUCUUAUAAAUCAAUGUAAUAUCGUAGGAAAGAAUGCAGUAGACUGCGUUAUACACGGAAUUACAGACAAGUCUAUUAGAAAUAGUGCACAAGCUUUGAAUUGUAAGGAACCAGAAGACUUACUGGGUUUUCUCAACUCCCAAAAAACAUCCGAGAUACCCUACUUUAAAAGGCGCGAAAUACUUAACAAGGAUUUAGGUGACCGAGACAACAACAAUCAGUCUACUUUAGAUAAGAAAAAAAUAAUUUGUUUUAAUUGCCGUACGGAAGGUCAUACAUUUCAAAAAUGUACAAAACCCUUAAUUAAAUGUCAAAAAUGCAACAGAGUCGGCCAUAACGAUUCGACCUGCCGAAUAAAUCCAUGAAUGUAGUCUGAUGCGAGACUCUGAUGCAAAUAAGUUAUCUUUAGCUUGAAUAUACACUGAACUUCCCCUUAUUAAAGGAUUUGAUCAACUUGACGGUAGUUCCCAAAUACAAAAGUUUUAUACAGUUAAAGCUGGACGAAAUAGGUCACCCGGGAAUAAUAAAAACAGUUGAGAAAGUCCAAAGUCAAUUCUGGUUUCCCAAACUACGCCAUUUUGUACAAAAGUAUGUGAAAUCAUGUAUUGAAUGUGCAUACAAUAAAGACGAGGCGUGUCAUAAGAAAACUGGCCACUUAUUUCCAAUCGAAAAGGUCAGCAAACCAUUUCAUACAAUACAUAUAGACCAUCUUGGCCCAUUCACCAAAAGAAUAAAGGGUUAUUUAUACUUAUGUGCUCACGAUUGUAGACGGAUUUACAAAAUACUUGUUUGCAAAACCGGUAAAAAAACUCAAAGCACAAUAAACGUGCUAGAAAAUCUGUUUAAUGAUUUUGGAUUACCAUGUCGCAUUAUACAUCGACCGCCUUUGAAAAUUUUUGUAAAGCACACGGAAUUAAACAUGUACUUAACGCAGUCGCGUGUCCCAGAGCAAACGGUCAAGUAGAACGUUUUAAUCAAACUAUUUUGAGUGCAAUGGCUAAACAUAAUACAAACAAGAACGAACGCGACUGGGACACGUGUCUGGGUAAGAGUCAGGGGGGCAUCAACAACACUGUACACGCUGCAACACGUACCUCUGCAGCAGAAGCUCUAUUUGACACACAGUUUAGGGAUAACUUAACAAAUAAACUUAACAUUAAUGUAGAUCAAUCAAUAAAAACGUUGCUGAAUUAAAAAAAAAAAAUAGACUCAAACAUAAGACAUGACCAAGAAAAGCAAAAGAUACGAUAUGAUAAAAAUAGAGUUCCUGCGGCAGUUUUUAAGAAAGGAGAUAUUGUAAAAAUUACGAGAACAAAUUUUUAUAACCAAGGUAACAGUACAAAACUUAUGACAAAAUUCAUGGGCCCUUAUAAAAUUACGAAAACAUUAGGUAACGAUAGAUAUAGUUUCAAAUAUACCCAGCUUUAGCAAAAAUAACAGAAAGUUUGAGAGUGUUGUAGCAGCUGACCGCAUAAAGCCAUGGGUUCAAUCGGAAUCUAUGGACAGUGACACAAGUAGUACCAUCGAAUCCACCGAUGAAAGCGAUGAUAAUAUUCCAUUAUCGGAACUGCAACAACGCAUCAAAACUAUAAUUAACGAUUAUUAGUCAACCGUUUCAUUUUUGUUUUUAAUUUGAUAAAAUUGAGAAAAUAAUAAUUUCUAGGUAUGCUAACAAGUACGAGUGUCGUGAUUAUUUUUGCUUAAAACUUGCUUUUAUUUUUCUUUUGUCUUAUAUAAUUUUCUGUUAUUUCUAUUAAUUGCUGUUAUAAACAUGUUUGGUUUCCGCUAAUUGAAUUAUUAAUUAUUGAUUAUUGUUAUAGUGCACCAGGAGGUUGCACUGAGUAGGACGGCCGAGUGUCGUGAUUUGCUGUUUUCUUCAGUAUUUUUACCAAUUAUAUUUAAAAUCGACUUGUUUUGUUAAUUAUUCGAUAAUCGAUACAUAUAAUUUUAAUAAAUAUAAGGCAACAUUCCAAUAAUUGCACAACACGAACAUGUAAACAUUUGUUACCAAAUCCUCCAAUCAUGAAGCGUCGCGCCAUUUUAGAUCAGCCAAUAAGAUUCCAACCUGUUGUAUUUUUUAUUUUAACCAUUAAGCUUCACUUGUCAAAUGGAAUCAACAAAUCAGGGAAACUAAUUUUGAAUUUUUAGUCUAUGGUAGUCCUUACAUGAUUGGAGAUUGACCUUACCAAUCGAAGACAUUAAAACGUUUUUCGACAUUUCGUAUGAACCAAGUGGGGAUGACAGUUUUCCUUUUUGGAUAAAAUUUUUAGAAGUUUGUCUUGAUUGAUUCUCCAAGAAACAAACACGAAUGCUCGGUACGAGAGCUGUUAUAAUUAUUAUUAUAAAGUGCUAAGAGUUAUUGUUGAAAUUAAGACUCAAUAAAACAGUAAAGAAACAAGAA